CCGUAACUUUUUUUUAUCGUUUGUUAAACUCAGAUACUUACAUAUAUCCAAUUAACAUACUUUACUCUCAUUACUUUCAGCUUGAUUCAUUCAAUUCUGCUUUCAAUACAGACAGACAAGAAGAAAGAUAGAACGAUAAAAGAAAACACACCUAAUCAAUCCCAAGUCCCUCUCGAGGGCAAUAUCCAUUCAUCAUGCCUCAAAAUGAGUACAUGGAGCGUUUCCGCAAGACACAUGGCCGACGUCUCGACCACGAGGAGCGGGCGCGCAAGCGCGAGGCCCGCGAGGGGCACAAGGCCUCCAAGGACGCGCAGAACCUGCGCGGCCUGCGCGCGAAGCUGCACCAGGCGAAGCGGCACAAGGAGAAGAUCCAGAUGCGCAAACAAAUCAAGGCCCACGAGGAGCGCAACGUGAAGUCCGCCGCCGAGAACGACCCCAAGACCCCGCUGCCCAACUACCUGCUCGACCGAUCCAACCCCACCCAGGCCAAGGCCCUCAGCAGCGCCAUCAAGAACAAGCGCGCCGAGAAGGCCGCCAAGUUCGCCGUCCCCCUGCCCAAGGUCCGCGGCAUCAGCGAGGAGGAGAUGUUCAAGGUCGUCAACACCGGAAAGAAGACCCACAAGAAGGCCUGGAAGCGUAUGGUGACCAAGCCCACCUUUGUUGGCCCCGACUUUACGAGGCGGCCUGUGAAGUACGAGCGUUUUAUUCGGCCUAUGGGUUUACGAUACAAAAAAGCCAACGUAACCCACCCGGAGCUCGGCGUGACGCUCCAACUCCCCAUCAUCAGCGUCAAGAAGAACCCGCAGCAGCCGCUGUACACCCAGCUCGGCGUCUUGAGCAAGGGUACCAUCAUCGAGGUGAACGUGUCCGAGCUCGGUCUCGUUACCGCCGGCGGAAAGGUCGCCUGGGGCCGUUACGCCCAGAUCACGAACAACUGCGAGAACGACGGCUGUGUCAAUGCCGUGCUUUUGGUCUAGAGGAAUCUAGUACUAUAAUGAAAAUGUGUAUUCUAUACACAGGCGAUGAAAUAAGAUGACGACGAAAAAGGGCAGGACUAUAAGGAGGGAUACGAGCAAGGGAACUAGCCCCGAUAUGUUCAGGUAUGGAUGGGAACGGGGUGGGAUUCCAUUGUUUCCGGGUGACUUGUCUUGGUGGUCCGUCAACCCUACACCCAUGUACCCUUCCAAACAAAAAGUAGUGGAGGAUAGCAAACCAAGCACGAACAGCGACUCAACGACCUUCUUGCCCGGGUACCUUGCCUAGCCUAGGUGUCAAAUGAGUUCAAAAGUCGAUCGGGCAUGAUCUUAUCAUUAACCCUGAGAAAAGGGGAGACGGCCGUCCGGCUAUUUGUUGAUGAGUAGUAACCAAGUCAAAUCAACAACACAAAAGGUCGUUCAAAAGGUACAUAUAUCCUAGCUGGCCCGGCCAGAUAAAUACAUAAGAUAGAUAGGAGCAGAGCUAGGUAACUACAACGCUAUAAUAAGCAAACCACCUUGCUCACCAAAAAAAAUAAAAAUUAAAAAAAA